AUGAUGAGUGAAUGUGAAUAUUUGAAAUUAUUUAUCAAAAACUGUAAAAAUCAUCAGACAAUCAAUUGUCAACGAUCACUUUCAUUUUGUAACAAAACGAUGGCUUCGUUUUUUUAUAUGUUAACAUGUCAAAUCGAACUUGAUGAUCAAGUGUUUUUUACUUCAAUUGAAUUGUUAAACAAAUUUUUGAUUUGUUCGAUGAUUAAAGCAUGUCAACAAUCAAAUGAUUUACGAAUUAUGAAAGAAAAAUGUCUUCGAGAGAAAUAUUUAAUCACUAUCGCUUGUUUUCGAUUAGCAACACAAAUUUGUAAUCGAUCAAUUGAUUCAUCACGUUUAAUCGAAUAUUUCUAUGAACUUACAAGAAUCGAUUCGACUAUAACAAAAACGAAAUUCACCCGUGAUCAAUUAAAUCAAACUGAAAUUGACAUUUUAACAAUAAUAGAUUAUCGAUUUCCUUCGUACACUCCACAUAUGUUUAUUUCCUAUUUCCUUCGAUUUCUUUAUGAAGAGAUCAAAUUAACAAGUGAUCGAUUGUACAAUUCAUCAAUGCUUUUGCUUGUUCAUAUUUAUCUUCAAUGGUCUUCGUUAAUCGAAAGUUUAGCAAAGAAAGAAAGUGGAUCGUCGAUUGUGAAUAAAAGUCAAAUAGAAAAUGUCACACAACGAUUCAACGAUUCUUUGUUACUUGGUUCAGCAACGAUUCUCGCAGCAUCGAAAAUAUUCUGUCAUUCAACAAAUUCACAACUUCAUGAUAAGAUCGUUAGUUUAUUCGUUACUCUUCUUGGCAUUGAUCCAAUGAGAAUUUACUUGGCACAAUUCUUUGCUGAAGAAUUAUUACGAAAAACGAAAGAUGUUGAGACAACAUCAAGAAUACUAAUCGAUCGUGAACAUGAUUUUGAUGAUGAAUCAAUGAUGACAUUUUCAUCACCUUAG